GAGCUACUGACGAUCUUUAUGGAGCAACUACUGAAGGAAAACAAUAUCACAAACAAUUAAUAACCCUACAAAGCUUUGAUAUUGAAUUGCAUUUUAUAGCUGUAAAAGUUCAAAAAUACAUAUUUGUUUUUUAAUGUCCUGUAAAUUUUACAAUGAGUGAAGAAAAAUUUUUUGCAACUAAAGGUAUACAAACCUGAUAAUUAUAUUUUAGUAAGAGGUAAUUUUGGUUGAGGUAUCAUCUCUACUUGCAAUGAUAUUAGGGUUGAAAGAUUGCUAUAACCAAAUUCAGCAAUUUAUUAACUAUAACCUAAUAUCACACUUAUUUAUUUUUAACAAAAGGACUCCUUGAAAUACGGUUGCAAAACCAUAUUUGAUCCUCUUUAUAUAAAACAUGAAAAUGGUAAAUAUAAAAUAAAUUGCACAAUGUUGAAUCUCUGGAGAGUACUUUACAAAAGUUUGGAAACUGACCUAAAUAAAGAUCUACAGGCUGGGUUGGAAACAAGGAGAAAAUGUAUUCCAGGAUUGUGAACCCUGGAUAUCUAUCCUCAGCCAAGACCAGAGAAGUCUAAGAUGUGAGGGUUGUUAUAUGACUGGUCAUCUCCCUGAUCCUGAUAUCCAGUGUGGUGGAUGUGGUGUCCAGGUAUACUGUAGUUGGGCCUGCAGAGCUAAUGACCGCCAGCAUGACCUGGAAUGCCCGUUCAUUGCAAACAAAGGAGUUCUUCCACUCAGAGACGAGGUGCGUGUCAUGAUCAGAGCAAUACUAAAGCUUCAGAAAGAACAGUGCUCGAACGUAUCCCUGCUAAAAGGAGGACCUGGAGAUGAGGUGCCGACCCAACCUAACAGGAGAAAAUUCAGUGACCUACUUAGCCACAAGGAGAACUUCCUGGAAAAUGAGGAGAGGAGGCAGGACAUCAUCCUGGUCUACAACGAGGUUGAAGACUUCCUUGGAUCCCUUGUUCCUAGCUUCGACGAGUUCGUUGAGAUUCUCGGCAGGCUUUAUAUUAACGGUUUCGAGAUUUGUACAGACAAGAUGGAAACCUAUGGUUGGGGGGUGUAUCUAGGUCCUAGUAUAAUGGAUCACUCAUGUCAGCCCUCUGCCUGCGUCAGUUUCUCUGGCUAUAGAUUGACCGUAACCUGCCUACGUCAUGUGACCAGCCUGACCGACCUAUUCAUCAGCUACUGUGAUACCAGCCUACCAACAAAACUACGCAGAGAAAAAUUAAAAAGAAACUACUUUUUCAGUUGUAUUUGCUGUAAGUGUUCGCAUACGUCUAGAGGGGUUUCUAUUCAGUACAAAAACAGAAGCAGAGGCAAAAAAUGAUUUUUAGAAAAUUUAUUGAAAUAAAUACAAAUAUUUUUAA